CUAAUCUUUACAAAAUGGCGACUGUUGUUGUUUUGCCGCAGGGUCAGUGAAUAAAUCCGUUUUUCAUUUCAAUUAUUUUCUGCACUAAUUUGCAGAAACAGCCCUAAAAAAACACCCAGGCGUCCCGAGGGUGGCUCUGUGUGGACUGAAAUGAAAGGUAAAGAGCGGUCGCCGAUUAAAAAACGCUCCCGGGCCUUGGACGAUAUUCGAGACCGGGGAGGAUGCCACCCGACCAGCAAGAAAAUGGGGGCUCUUUCCGUCUCCAGUGGGAGUAAUAAUGGAAAUAGCUCGACCAAAAGCGACGGCGGCUCAACGAGAAGGAGUCUGCUCGGUGAGAAAAGAGACAGAGAUUUCGACGGUCACAGCCGGACUGGAAAUAAUCACAGCUGUCAGUCUGCAGCCGCCAGCUCCGUCGGUAAAAACCACAACCUGAGCCUGACGCUGGAUUUAGCCGCACCGAGGAGCACUUCACGUGGGGAGCAGCAGCGGGUUCAGCCACCCAGCACCGAGAGUGAGUACAAAACACUCAAAAUAAGCGACCUCGGCACCCAGCUGAGCGAUGAAGACAUAGAGGAUGGACUGUUUCAUGAAUUUAAGAAGUUCGGAGAUGUGAGCGUCAAGAUCAGCCGCAGCAACGACGAGCGGAUAGCCUUCGUGAAUUUCAGAAAGCCUGAGGACGCCAGAGCUGCGAAGCACGCCAGGGGACGACUGGUGCUGUACGACCGGCCCCUGAAAAUCGAAACAGUGUACAUUAACAGGAGGAGAAGCCGCUCCCCCGUCGAGAGAGACGUGUAUGGUGCAGCUCAAAGCCACAGACAUUUGCAGAGACCCCUCUCACCUACCGGGCUUGGAUACAGAGACUAUCGGCUACAGCAGCUGGCCCUGGGGAGGCUCCCUCCUCCCCCGCCGCCCCCUUUGCCCAGAGAGCUGGAGCGGGACAGGGAGUUUGCUCUGUUUGAAGCCAGGGCACGUCCAGCCUUCAUUGCAGAGCGAGCUGCUUUUCGUGAGGAGGAUUUUAUAUCUCCAGAAGAUGACCAAAGAGCCAACAGGACGUUGUUUUUAGGCAACCUGGACAUAACUGUUACCGAGGCAGACCUGAGGAGAGCAUUUGACAGGUUUGGUGUCAUAACGGAAGUGGACAUUAAGAGACCCACACGGGGACAAACCAGCACAUAUGGAUUUCUGAAAUUUGAGAACCUUGACAUGGCUCACCGUGCUAAGCUUAGUAUGUCUGGCAAAAUAGUGGGCCGCAACCCCAUAAAGAUAGGCUAUGGGAAAGCAACUCCCACCACACGCCUGUGGGUGGGUGGACUUGGGCCCUGGGUCCCCUUAGCUGCCCUGGCAAGAGAGUUUGAUCGCUUUGGCACUAUAAGGACCAUUGACUACAGAAAGGGGGACACAUGGGCCUACAUUCAGUAUGAAAGUUUGGAUGCUGCACAAGCGGCAUGCACACACAUGCGAGGCUUCCCACUGGGAGGUCCAGAGAGAAGACUUAGAGUGGACUUUGCUGACGCUGAGCAUCGUUACCAGCAGCAGUUCCUGCAGCCUCUCCCAAUACCGCCGUUUGACAUGGUGGCUGAGUCAUUUGUCCACCGUGCCACACCUGAACCUCUGAGGGUCAGGGAACGGACUCCACCGCCGCUUCACUUCAGGGAAAGAGAGCUCUUUCCUGGAACUGAAUGGCCCAACCCUGCUAUUCGUGAACGGGUGCGUGCAUCACCCUUUGAGCCUCUGGAGCACUUGGAACGUGAGCGGCGGGCACGUGAGCCCUGGUCUUUGGAACGAGAGCUGCAGGGACGAGAGCCUGCACGCAAGCGGCGCGUAAUGGAGGAUGGACGCCAUAUAGAUCACUCCCCUGAUAGCACUGAGAGGACAGUAAGACGUAGGCGUGUCUCUCCGGAUGGCAGUCCUGGAGGUAGCAGCAGAGAUGGAGGGCGCUUCAGUGACUCAGAGCGCCCUCUGCGGGGUGAGAGGCCCUCUCCAGCGCGAGAACGUCACAGCAGCCUGGAACGAGGUGGGACUGAACGGAGACUCAAAAAUCAGAGUCUCUCUGACAAGGGACCCUCAGGCGGCAGCAUUUCAGCAAUUGGAGAGCGUAAGCGCAAAGCAGGCGAUGGUAGCAAAGGGCCGGCCAAGAGAGAACGCUCUGAGAGCAGUUCCAAGGGGGGUCAGCAGUCCAAGCUGGACGGCACCAAACUCAGUUUGGCCUGGCAAGGUAUGCUGCUGCUGAAGAACAGCAACUUCCCAGCCAACAUGCACCUGCUGGAGGGCGACCACAACGUAGCCAGCGACCUGCUUGUUGAGGGCACAACAGGGAGGCAGGUGAGCGAGCUAAAGAUCACCCAGCGCCUCCGUCUGGACCAGCCCAAGCUUGACGAGGUCUCCCGGCGCAUCAAAGUGGCGGGCCCUGGCGGCUACGCCAUCCUGCUGGCAGUUCCUGGGACCACAGAGGAUACAUCUUCGUCUGACCCUGCAGCCUCAACUCAGCGGCCGCUUCGCAACCUGGUGUCCUACCUCAACCAAAAACAAGCAGCUGGAGUCAUCAGCCUGCCUGUGGGAGGGAGCAGAGAUAAAGACAACACAGGGGUUCUUCAUGCUUUCCCUCCCUGUGAUUUCUCCCAGCAGUUCCUAGAUUCCUCUGCCAAAGCUCUGGCUAAAAGUGAAGAGGACUAUCUGGUCAUGAUUGUGGUUCGUGGAGCAUCUUAAAAAAUCAGAACACACUAAGUUCAAGUGGUGUUUAAAAAAAAAAAAAAUCUGCUGUAUGUCAGUAACUAUUGCAUGCUGUGUGUUCUGCAUUAUGGGGUACACUAGUAUGGUUCUUGAGUGUUUGUAUGUUGCCAUGUAAUCCACUAAAAUGACAAACGGUGCCCUCCUACAAAACUAAAAGGGUGUGUUUUUUUGAAAUCUUUUUUUAAAGAGUAUAUUAAUUGCUCACAAAGUCAUAAACUGGCAGUAAUUCAUUCAGAAUACUGUGAAACAGUUAAAUAUGAGGAAUACAUUUCUGUGUCAUGUAAGAAGAGAAGAGAAGAGUCAUAUAGAAGACACCUUUUUUGGUUAAUUUACAGGUUUAUAAUCUUAACUAUUCAACUCAAUUACAAGGAAAAGAACUAGUAAUAUUAGAAAUGCAAGGAGUGGACACAAUAACACCUCCGCUACAAUUAAACAACAAAUAAUAGCCUCAUAAAUGACUAUAGUGUUGAACCCACAUCUCCCUGACACAGUGUUAACAAAACCUGAAAAUUACAAGCCUAUCAAAGGUCAUUUUUGUUUUUGGGCUAUUAUAUUGUAUUGCAUUGCUCAGGUGUUGUUAUUGUGUCUACCACAUAUACUGGUAUAUACACGAGGGGAGUCAGAAGACGCCCUUUUUCAAAGCUUUGAAUUACAUUGCAAUAAUAUUUCUGCUAUAAUCACUUUUUGAUGAAUGGAUACAAAGGUGAGCAUGACAUCUUUGAAGUUAAAGUUUCCUGUAAAGGUGUAGUGAAUGAUUUGGAACAGCAGUUACAAAGUUAAUCUCUUCGGAGAAAGAAACCCCGCAUUUUUAAGGUCAAAACACGUUGCACACAACGCUCUAUUUACCAAACGUUCACCAAACACCCUGAUGAUGGCAAGAUAGUGUGGUGCGCUGCAGAUGAGUUGUGCAGCCUGUUUUAAUCUUGAUAGACUUGUAUUGAAACUCAUACUAGCCUGAACCUCACUGUGUGUGCAGUCUCAAAGUUAAAAAACAUUUCAAAGGUCACCAUUUGAAAAGUCUCUGGAUAACAGCACAUACAUUUCAGUUAUGUUGUAAAUUCUGUUUUUUUU